UGAUCCACUUUAACUUUCUCAGACAGUAAUAACGACCCGUCAGUAAGAGGUUUAUUCCCCGCAGGAGACUCACCAUCGUGUCCGUGGAUUGUUGGACUUAAAACAAAAACCGCUGUGAUUUCCCAGAAGAAAAGACAGAUUUUGUUCUUGAGAUCUCCGGUGUUUUCUUGCCACAUUCCUGAGGUUUCUGCAGACAAGAUCACGUUUUUCACCCCUGAUAUGGCUUUUCUGUGCAGGAGAGGAAGUUGAUUUGAUUUAAAAAUCUAUACUUCAGUGUUUCUGCUUUUACUCAAACACUUUUUAAAAAGCAAAAAUGCCAGCAAAGACACCGAUCUACCUAAAAACUACAACCCCAAAGAAAGGGAAGAAGCUGCGGCUGCGUGACGUCCUGUCGGGGGACAUGAUCAGCCCCCCGCUGGGAGACGUGCGCCAUAGCGCGCACGUGGGACCGGAAGGCCAGGGGGACAUGUUUGGAGACGUGGGUUUCCUCCAGGGGAAAAUGGACAUGCUUCCGGGCCACGGCCACGCCCGCUCGCACAGCGUGGACCGGGCCGCCACGCAGGAGCCCCGCAGCUUCGCCUACAACGGCUGCCGCUACCAGCAGGCCUCCAACGGGCUGCUGAAGAGCACCGUGUCCAUGCCGGUGUGCGUCGCCCACGAGCAGGCCCCGCCCAAGCCGCCGCGGCUCCACCUGGACCAGCAGCCAGGUGAGCCGGGUGACGCUCAGCCGGACGUUUGUGAAGCGUCCGCCGUGCGCAGGCUCGUCCCAUCAUCCGGGUCCUUCUCGGAGGCGUCGUCGGAGGACUCCGUGUCGGAGACGUGUGGUCCCCCGGAUGUCCGCCGCGGGCUCAGCCUGGACUCGGACGCCGGGUUGAGCAACGAGGAUCUGAGCAGCGAGCGCAGUGACUCGCCAUGCCCGGUGCCGGGCCUCCAGCCGGCCGACUCCCUGGCCAGGCUGGAUCUGGACCUGGACCUGGGCCCGUCUAUCCUGGAGGACGUGCUGAGCAUCAUGGACCGCUAUAAGGCCGAGGACGACCGCUGCGAGCUGUGAGGACAGGACUCUUUGAGACAUGCUGAGAAAAACGGGGAGACUUUACCUGAGUGCAGUGGCGUCCCCAAGAGGGGGGCUAGAGGAGGCCAGGGCCCGGUGUGGAAAACUAACAGUUGCCCGGUUUGUCUGACCUGCAUUUGUCUGUUCAGGUCAGACAAAGGCAUCCAAUCAUCUACUUUAAUCAAGACUUGCACAUAAAACCCAAUAAAUACAUACAUACACAUAUAAUAAUACUAAAAAAAAAAGAUAUUAUUAUAUGAUAUUACAUCCAAGUCACAUCCAGAAGGAGCCAAUUUCAGUUGGAAAUGUUUUUCUGAAACGAGUAUUUGUGUUUGUGGUGCCAUGAAUGCUGAUCCAUGCAUUCAUAGCCAUAUAGUUACCUAAAAAACAAGUAAUUUUUUUUUUGUCAUUUAAAAAAAAAUCUUUUU